UGUCACGGGGGGAAGUUUGAUUUUAUUUAAGCAUGCUUUUACUUUGAAUUUGCUGUGUUUUUGUCUUAUUUAUUAUUGCAUGCUUUUAUUUUGAAGUGUGUUUGUGUUACGUUGGUUUUACUUCCCCACCGGAGACAUACCUUAAUCAAGCAUAAGGACUUACACCUGGCACCCAGAGAGGGGAGUGACUGUUCUUGGAUAAAAAGGACACUAUGGAAGAUACCCGGGGGGCACGAGGGAGGACACAGAGGGCACGAGGGAGGACACGGAGGUCACAACGGGCCGGACAGCAGGAAGCAGACAGAGAGACAGAGCAGAUCAUCGCACUGGAAGAGGUCUGAAGAGACACCGGAGCAAACACCGACCGUUAGCGGCUAUAAUUGGGAGAAGGUAAAACUUCUCCCUCCCGCGUAAGUCCCGUUUCAGACCGGUGUUUGUGUAGUGUGUAAUAUAUAAAGUUGUGCCUUGUUAAAGGACAUUGACUGGCCCUGAGUUUCCCUCGACAGGCUGCCGAAGAGCGGAGCCAGGUGAAGAGCAGGUGGUCGCCACCAGAGACCCGCGACUGCCGUUGUUGACCUCCCACUCCAUCCGUGCCACAUUAUUUUAGCUGGGUUUUAGUUGUUUGUGUUCUUUGUUUAGUUUAUUUGAAGGUAGAGCUUUUAGUUGUUUUUACUUAUUUUAAAAUAAAUUGUGUUCAACUGUGUUCCACUGGCUGUACUCAUUGUUUUAAAAAUAACACUGUUUACUGCUCUCCCCCGACAUAAAAGAACCUGUUUACCCUAACUUUAAUUUGGUGAUCCUAAGAGGUCCUAGGCCUCAGUUAAACCUAGGUGGCGUUGUCGGCACUUGUGUUUUAAUUUAUCCACCCUUAGCACGGCUCACAUUUUGGCGUUGUCGGCAGGAUCGGGUACAGAGAGCAGUGUGGUGUAUUUUAAAACAGUGAAUAUGAUGAUGCCUGUAUAUCCUGGUGCCCCUUGGCUGCCAAAGUUUAAAGGACCAAAUUGUGACCUGAAAUAUCAUGACUGGAAGGAGCAAAUACAGGGCUUACUUGGAGCGCAAGAGCUAGCAGAGGCCAGAAAAAUUGACAUUGUGUUGGGUGCGUUAGCUGGGGAAGCCAAACGGCAGGUCAGUGUUUUAGAGGAUGACGAAAGGGAUAGAGUACGCAAAAUCUUUCUGUAUUUGGACUCUCUAUAUGGAGACAGAACCCCCCGCCCCAGUGUUAAGGUCUCAGUUUUUUAGUUGUGUCCAAAGACCAGACGAGACUGUGCCCUCAUUCAUUCUAAGACUAAGAGAGCUGUAUUGCAGGUUGCGGCAACAUGACCCUGAUGGAACUCCCCCUGACACAGUCCUGCGAGACCAGCUGCUGUUGGGGCUGCGUGAAAGUUCCCUGGCUCAGGCCCUGAAGGUCUAUGCCCGCCGUAACCCUGAUGAAACUUUUUCUGCACUCAGACAGGAGGCGCUGCUGCUUGAUACAGAACAUGGGAACCCCCCAACCGGAGGUAAUCUGUGCUUCUGUGUAUAAACCAAAUGUGCCUCCUCCAUCACAGGACACCAGCUGGAGAGAGACCCUGAAAAGAGAGAUCAUGGAAGACGUGAAAUCUCAGAUGACCGGACUGACCCAGGAACUGUUGCGAGAGAUUAAACCGCUCCUUCAACCAGCUGUUAUUGCACCACAGCCCCUAAUACAGCCCUAUAGGGAGCGACAACGAUCAGUUUCCCAGACGAACACCUGGGAUGAGCAAGGUAGGCCCAUUUGCCGCCAAUGCAGACAAGCCGGCCACAUAGCUAGAUUUUGUAGGAGGCCAACUACUGCUCGGCAGGCUUUAAACUAGCUUUCCCUGCUGCUGAGGUCCGAGGGGCAGGGGUUGAAAGUACAACAGAAGAAAACGGGCCCACUGAAGCAUUUAUUGGAAGGUGUCCAACUAUAGACGUAAACAUUGAAGGAGUUACACUGUCGGGGCUAUUAGACACGGGGUCCCAGGUCACCUUAAUGCAGCAAAGCCUCUUUGAGCAACAUUUUACCCAAGCUAAGCUUGGAAAGGCUCCUAUAGUUUUUAAGUUACAGGCCGCAAAUGGCCUGGAGAUCCCUUAUACGAGCUAUGCCGUAUUAGAUCUGGAGCUAGAGGGUGCUAAGAUACCUGGAAGAGGAAUUGUGAUUGUGAAGGAUGAACACUGUACACACCCACUCAUCAUUGGAAUGAAUGUUGUUACUGCUUGUUGGACUGUUUUUUUUAAAUGUCCCAGAGGGUCUGUUCCCCCCCCACAGACGUUACAGAGACAGCGGGUUUGGAGGGAUGCAUUUGCUACAUGCAGACACAUUGAGGCUACCAUGACAGAGGACGGGAUGUUGGGGUACGUGCGGCCAGCCAGCCGACGGGUCAUCAAAAUUCCCCCAAAGAGUGAAGUACUGGUGUGGGGUCGGGCUCGGAUGAGCCUGGGGGGAAAAGAUUACUGUGCCCUAAUUGAAGCGCUGCCUGAGACUUGCAGUGUGAGGGUGGCCAGGACCCUAGCAGUGAUAAGAAAUGGCAGAGUCCCUGUGAGAGUUUUUAACCCACACCCCUACUGUUUGAUGCUAGAUCGGUACCAGAAGCUUGGCAAACUGUCCCGGGUGGAUGAAGCGGAUGUACAUGGAGCCUGCGACCUUAACCUGUCCCUUGAAGGUGAUUGUGUUGUUGGAGUGACACUGGUAAAUGCUGCAGUUGACGAGGAGGACCAGAAGCUGCCGAUAGGGGUGAGUGAACUCUCCAACAGGCCUGAUCUGUCUGAGCAGCAACAGGAGGAGCUGCGCGCCCUGCUGCUGAAAUGGCAGAAGGUGUUUGCACAGCACAAUGAGGACUUCGGACGUACAGACCUGGUACAACAUCGCAUCCAUACUGGUGAUGCACCACCUAUCCGAGAACGACAUCGACCUCUUCCCCCUGCCAUGUAUAAAGAGAUGAAAUCCCUACUCUCAGGUAUGCUGGAGCAAGGUGUCAUUAAAGAGAGCUGUAGCCCAUGGGCGGCACCCAUAGUACUGGAUUGAAGAAACCUUGACCAGUCUGACCAGAGCAGAAUGGUUUUCUACUCUUGACUUAGCCAGUGGCUAUUGGCAAGUUGAGAUGGACACCCAAGACCAGGAGAAGACCGCCUUCACCACACCGCUGGGGCUGUAUGAAUUUGAGCGUAUGCCCUUCGGCCUGUGCAAUGCGCCAGCUACCUUCCAACGUCUGAUGCAACAAUGUUUAAAUGGCCAAUUGUCAGAAUCCUUACUGGUUUAUUUGGAUGACAUUAUCAUUUAUUCACCUGACUUUUCCUCCCAUCUACAGCAGCUAGAUGAGGUGUUUAACAAACUGUGGCGGCAUGGCUUGAAACUGCGCCUGGAUAAGUGCAAACUCCUGCAGAAGGAAGUGAAAUUCCUGGGCCAUGUGGUGGACCAAAAGGGGUGAGUCCUGAUCCAGACAAAAUCUCAGCCGUAAAAGACUGGCCCAUCCCCACCACUGUAAGACAGGUACGAGCCUUCCUUGGCUUAGCUGGCUAUUACAGAUGCUUCGUUUCUGGCUUUGCAAAGAUUGCACGCCCCCUCAACCAACUGCUGACAGGCAUCCCUGCUGAUAAAAAGUCGCAAAUCCGAAAGGUACAGUGGUCCUCAGAGUGCCAGACAUCCUUUGAUCACCUGAAAGCAGCUUUAACACAAACACCUGUUUUGGCAUAUGCUGAUUACUCCCUGCCAUUCCUCGUUUACACAGAUGCCAGUAAUCAUGGUUUGGGAGCAGUCUUGGCCCAGGUCCAACAAGGGCGAGAACGAGUGAUAGCCUAUGCCAGUCGCAGCCUACACCCAACAGAGCAGAAUGAUGCAAAUUAUAGCUCUUUCAAACUAGAGCUCCUGGCUCUUAAGUGGGCAGUAACCGAGAAAUUUAAAGACUAUCUGACUGGAGCCCGAUUCACGGUGUACACUGACAAUAACCCUGUGGCCCACUUACAGACAGCUCGCCUGGGUGCCGUGGAACAGCGCUGGGUCGCACAGCUUGCCUCCUUCGAUUAUGACAUCAAGUACCGCUCAGGUAAAAGUAAUGUAAAUGCAGAUGCCCUGUCUCGGUUCCCAAUUAACCCACUGACUGCAGAUGCCUCAUGUGAAAACCUUGAGCUGGAAACCGUUCCAGUCACGGCAGCCAUUGAACUGACCCCUGAGGGAGGUGAAGAGGAGUGGACAGGCAGAGAGUGGGAGGAGGCACAAGCUGGUGAUGCGGACCUUCAAAUCAUUAAGAGGUAUGUGGAAACCCAAAUGAUACCGACGAGACCAGAGCGCCUGACAUUGUCCCUUAGAGCCCAGAGACUGUUGCAACAAAAGCGAAAACUUCAGGUUAAAAGCAAAAUACUGUGUCGUAAAAUGAUUGACCCGCACACACACGAAGUGUGUUUCCAGAUUGUGUGUCCAGAAUCUAGGAGCCAAGAAGUUUGGAAGAGGAUCCAUGAAGCCGCUGCCCAUGCUGGUGUGGAGAGAACCCUAAACCGGAUCCGUCAGCGGUUCUAUUGGCCUGAUAUGGAGAGGGAGGUACGUCAGUUGCAGCAGGGUUGUGUUGCCUGUAACCUGCAGCGAGACAGGGUGGAGCCUAAGGCCCCCUAAAUCCAUUCACAGUAUCCUACCCCUUAGAAGUGGUGGGGUUGGACUUUUUGUCCUUAGGUCGGCCCACAGACACCUACCAGAACAUUCUUGUUGCUACUGAUCUGUUUACCCGUUUUUCUUGGGCUAUUCCCACUCGAGAUCAAACAGCUCAGACUACAGUAAAGGCCCUGUGGACCCAUGUGAUCCAACCAUUUGGUUGCCCCGCCCGUUUCCAUUCUGACCAGGGACCUAAUUUCGAAUCUGCACUUAUGAAACAAUUUUGUGAUACCUAUGGUAUAACUAAAAGCCGCACAACUCCCUACCAUCCCGCAGGAAAUGGCAGUGCAGAGCGUUUUAAUCAGACCUUGUUAAAUAUGCUCCGCUCUUUAGAGACGUCUAAGCAAUCUCACUGGCCCGACUAUCUGCCCGAACUGACACACGCCUAUAAUAACACCACACACAGUGCGACUGGGUAUACCCCUUCCUUCCUCAUGUUUGGGCGACACCUGCGACUUCCUGUUGAUGUAGGAUUAGGUGUAGGUCCCCAACAGAUGAGGCACGAUGUAGGUGGGUGGGUACAAGACCACCAGCAGAAACUGUCCUUAGCUUAUAGCCUGGCUAAACAAAGAAUAGAGAGUGCAGCCACCCAGAACAAGCAGCACUAUGACAAGAGGGCCAAAGCGUUACCACUUUUACCGGGGGAAAGGGUGUGGGUGCGAGAUAGGAACAGACGAGGGGCAGGAAAGUUGUGUACUUGGUGGGAACCAGAGCCAUGGGUGGUGUUGGAGCAGGUGGGGGAUACAGGGGUUGUGUACAAGAUUCAGCCAGAGAAGGGUGGCAGAAUACAAAAUAUCCAUAGGAACUCACUUAAGGUGUGUACAGUACCCCCAACCGAAGUCCCGCUACCAACCACUGAGCCGGUUGUCCAGAUGCAGGGACCCAUCCAGCCCAUGAUCUACGGGUUCCUUCCAGCACCGGUAGCCAUACCGCCUGUGAAUGUGGAACCUGAGGGUGCCCUACGAUGCUCCACCAGGGUAAACUUUGGACAAACUCCAGUCCGUUAUAGAGACUCAUAACAUGUUGCAGGGACUGCUAACUUUAAAGUGUGGGGAGAUGUCACGGGGGGAAGUUUGAUUUUAUUUAAGCAUGCUUUUACUUUGAAUUUGCUGUGUUUUUGUCUUAUUUAUUAUUGCAUGCUUUUAUUUUGAAGUGUGUUUGUGUUACGUUGGUUUUACUUCCCCACCGGAGACAUACCUUAAUCAAGCAUAAGGACUUACACCUGGCACCCAGAGAGGGGAGUGACUGUUCUUGGAUAAAAAGGACACUAUGGAAGAUACCCGGGGGGCACGAGGGAGGACACAGAGGGCACGAGGGAGGACACGGAGGUCACAACGGGCCGGACAGCAGGAAGCCGACAGAGAGACAGAGCAGAUCAUCGCACUGGAAGAGGUCUGAAGAGACACCGGAGCAAACACCGACCGUUAGCGGCUAUAAUUGGGAGAAGGUAAAACUUCUCCCUCCCGCGUAAGUCCCGUUUCAGACCGGUGUUUGUGUAGUGUGUAAUAUAUAAAGUUGUGCCUUGUUAAAGGACAUUGACUGGCCCUGAGUUUCCCUCGACAGGCUGCCGAAGAGCGGAGCCAGGUGAAGAGCAGGUGGUCGCCACCAGAGACCCGCGACUGCCGUUGUUGACCUCCCACUCCAUCCGUGCCACAUUAUUUUAGCUGGGUUUUAGUUGUUUGUGUUCUUUGUUUAGUUUAUUUGAAGGUAGAGCUUUUAGUUGUUUUUACUUAUUUUAAAAUAAAUUGUGUUCAACUGUG